AUGCUCCGGCGACAAAAGUCAUCGUACUCGCUCCCUCCCGAGGACGCCUCCAAUGCCCCCUCCACCUUCAACGACAGACUCCCCCUCCCCAAGCUCAUCGUUUUCGAUCUCGACUACACCCUGUGGCCCUUCUGGGUUGACACCCACGUCAGCGCGCCCGUGAAACCCAAAGACAACAAUUCGCGAUGUGUGGACAAAUGGGGUGAAUCAUUCGCAUUCUACCCGGCCGUCUCCUCGAUCCUCUACUCCGCUCGUUCGCACAAUAUCCCCCUGGGGAUUGCCUCACGAACACACGCCCCAGACCUGGCUCGCGACAUGCUCAAGGCCCUUCACGUUAUCCCCACUUUCUCCGACAACCCGGCAGCCCGCGAUACACGACGCUCCAUUCGCGCUUUGGAUUAUUUCGACUACAUCCAGAUCUUCCCCGGCACCAAGACGCAGCAUUUCGCUCGCAUACAUCAAGCUAGCAAUAUCCCCUAUGAUCAGAUGCUGUUCUUUGACGACGAAGCGCGGAAUCGAAAUGUGCAGACUGAUCUUGGAGUCACGUUCUGUCUGAUUAGGGACGGUAUGACCAAGGAGGAAGUAGAUAGGGGCGUUUGGGAAUGGAGAAAGAAUUUUGGUAUUCGGCCCGGCGAUCAGCCCUCCGAGGUGAACGAGAGGGAGGUGAGCCAGUUUGACGAGUAG